AUGUCCGACUGUACUCCUGAGCAAAAAAAGCUGGUAGAGGAGAUUCUCACCAUAAAACACACAGAUUAUUAUCGAGUGUUGAAAGUAGAUAAAUCAGCCAAUGAAAUCGAAAUCAAGAAGUCAUACAGGAAGCUGGCUAUCAAAUUGCAUCCUGAUAAAAACAAGCAUCCGAAGGCCUCUGAAGCGUUCAAAGUUAUUGCCAAGGCUUUUGAAAUCUUAGGAGAUGACUCUAAGCGUAAGAUAUAUGAUAUGACUGGUUCCGAUCCCGACUCUCGUGGAGGAAUGGGAGGUGGAACUGGAAUGGGAGGUGGAAUGGGUAAUAUGGGAGGCUUUCCAGGAUUUCAAGGCUUUCAAGGCUUUCCGCAAGCUGCAGCUGGUGGCGGAGGUCCUCUCAAUGAAGAUAUAUUCAACAUGUUAUUUGGAAUGGGAGGAAUGGGUGGAAAUGGAUUUUCCUUCCAGUUUGGAGGCAACGGUUUUCCCAACAAUGGCUACUAUUAUACGAAUAAUGCUGGUAUGAAUGCUAGAAGACAUGCUGCACAGCAGCAACAUCAGCAGCGCCAAAACGCUAGACGUGGUGCUAAUGGAAAUGGAACGCCUUCGGAGCUACCCUGGUCCCAAUAUAUCAUUCAAUUCCUACCGCUACUUAUUAUUCUCAUUUCGAUCAUCAUAAACUCCUUAAGUGGCGGCUCGGGCUCUAACGACGGUUACAGAAAUGUGCGUGAGUUCAGUGGACGUGUACCUAAAUACAGCUUCGAGUCAUCCGGUCUUCUUAGCGAAAAACGUACUACUCCAAAAUACAACCUCAACUACUAUCUUGAAAAGAAGACCCUGGAUAACUUCAAAGGACGAAAAAAUCCAGCAAAGGAACUAAACGGUUUGGACAAGUUUGUCGAAAACCAGUACGUUGAUAGGGUGAGCUUGGGUUGCUUGAGAGAGAGGCGCACAAAGGAGAGUAUUAUUGAACAGGCUCAGGGUAUUUUCUUCAAUGAUUGGGAAAGAAUUGAUCAAGCUAACAAUAUGGCAAUGCCUAACUGUGAAAGGUUGGAAGAAUUGCAAAAGAGACUGCUAUAG